AAAUUAUUAUUUUUUUUAUUUCGUGUUGUAAACACUUGCGCCUUGAGCAAUAACAAUUACAUCAAUACAACUACGUAGUUGAGAUAAAUACUCGCGCAUGUUGAAUUUCGUUGUGCUGUUUCAUAAUGAUAAAAUUGAUAACAAUCCUUACUUCAAACGUUAAAAGGAUUAAUGUUUUUUCACAAGCUAAGUACUCGACAACCUUUCUACCACAAUUUUCAUCUGAAAAGUAUGAUGUAAAAAGAAAAAAAUUUGGCGUCUUAAACUCCACGGACGUAGAUUACUUUAAAUCUGUUUUAAGUGAAGAUAGAGUCCUUACCGAAGAAUCCGAUGUUCUACCUUUUAAUAUAGAUUGGAUUAAAAAUUGUAGAGGACAGUCGCAGCUAGUUUUAAAACCAAAGACUACGGAAGAAGUAUCUCAAAUCCUUUCGUACUGUAACGAAAAACAUUUAGCGAUAUGUCCACAAGGUGGAAACACGGGGUUGGUCGGAGGUUCAGUUCCAGUCUUCGACGAAAUUGUUUUAAAUUUUGGUCUUAUGAACAACAUUAUAAGCCUAGAUGAUAUAUCAGGUGCCUUAGUUUGUGAAGCCGGUUGUGUACUAGAAAAUCUAGAUAAUUAUGUUCGCGAUCACAACUUAAUAAUGCCGCUAGACCUCGGCGCUAAGGGCUCGUGUCAGAUCGGUGGGAACGUUAGCACCAACGCAGGAGGUCUCAGAUUGCUCAGAUACGGCAACCUGCACGGGUCUGUCUUAGGACUGGAAGCCGUCAAAGCAGAUGGAACAGUUGUUAACUGUCUUCGAACCCUUAAGAAGGACAACACGGGUUACCACUUGAAGCAUCUGUUCAUAGGGUCUGAAGGAACUUUGGGUGUUGUCACAAAAGUCGCUAUUCACUGCCCCGUGUUACCCAAAUCUGUAUCGCUUGGGUACUUUGGGGUAGAGAGUUUCGAAAAUGUUCUAAAAUUAUAUCAAAACGCAAAGUCAUCUUUAGGAGAAAUACUUUCUGCGUUCGAAAUGGCGGACAACGACUCAAUUAGCGCAACUCUCGACAGCUUCAAACUGGCAAAUCCGAUAGCAGAGUACCCGUUUUACGUGCUGUUGGAGACGCACGGAAGCAACGAGGCUCACGACAACGAGAAGUUGUCACGGUUCUUAACACAAGGAAUGGAGAGGGGGCUCAUAUUGGACGGAACCGUUACGUCGGAACUUACGAAAAUGAAGAACAUCUGGCACAUCCGCGAGAGCAUAGCGGGCGCGGGGCUGGCGGGCGGCUACGUGUUCAAGUACGACGUGUCGCUGCCUCUGAGUCGCUACUACGCACUCGUGCACACAUUACGGGAGCGGUUCUCGCACCCCGCGCGCGUCUACGGCUACGGGCACGUCGGUGACGGAAACAUUCAUAUAAACGUGAUAGUGCCGGAAUAUAGUAAAGAGAUAACGGCAAAGUUGGAGCCAUUUAUCUUUGAAGAAGUCGCAAAAGUCGGAGGAUCGAUUAGUGCAGAGCAUGGUAUAGGUUUUAGAAAGCCACAAUUCAUACACUACAGUAAGGACAAGACAGCACUAAAUCUUAUGAAGGAUCUAAAGAAAUCUAUGGAUCCCAAUGGUAUACUGAACCCUUACAAAGUGUUGCCUGAUGUAGUUACUUAAUAUUUAUGCUUACAUUACACUUCUUUUUUGUUAUAUUUAAACAAUAUCCGUAUCUAAAGCUCACACUAAACAAACUGUUAUUGUUGGAAAAUGAGGUAUAGAAAUUAGUCUAUUUUGUAAAAUCAUAAAUAAAACUAUAAUAUAUU